GCUGCCCGGCAGCACGUCGGACCGGCACUCCCGUGCCCACUGCGCGCGCGGGCACCAUGAGCGGCAGAGUCGGGGACCUGAGCCCCCAGCAACAGGAGGCGCUGGCCAGGUUCCGGGAGAACCUCCAAGACCUGCUGCCCACGCUGCCCCAUGCCGAUGACUACUUCCUCCUGCGCUGGCUCCGAGCUCGCAACUUUGACCUGCAGAAAUCUGAGAACAUGCUCCGAAAGCACGUGGAGUUCCGGAAGCAACAGGACCUGGACCACAUCCUCUCGUGGCAGCCCUCCGAGGUGGUCGAGCGGUACGACUCCGGCGGGCUGUGUGGCUAUGACUAUGACGGCUGCCCCGUGUGGUUCGACAUCAUUGGGACCCUUGACCCCAAGGGGCUGCUCCUGUCAGCCUCUAAGCAAGAGUUGCUCCGGAAGCGCAUCAAGGUCUGCGAGAUGCUUCUGCAGGAGUGUGAACGGCAGAGUCAGAGGCUGGGCAGGAAGAUCGAGACCAUGGUGAUGGUGUUUGACAUGGAGGGGCUGAGCCUGAGGCACCUGUGGAAGCCAGCGGUCGAGGUCUACCAGCAGUUUUUUGCCAUGCUGGAAGCGAAUUAUCCUGAGACGGUGAAGAAGUUAUUUGUCGUUAGAGCUCCUGCGCUGUUCCCUGUGGCCUUCAACCUGGUCAAGUCGUUCAUGAGUGAGGAGACACGGAAGAAAAUAAUGAUUCUGGGAGGCAACUGGAAGCAGGAGCUGGUCAAGUUCAUCAGCCCUGACCAGCUGCCCAUGGAGUUUGGGGGGACCAUGACAGACCCCGAUGGCAACCCCAAGUGCCUGACCAAGAUCAACUACGGGGGCGACGUGCCCAAGAGCUACUACCAGCAGAACCAGGUGAGAGUCCAGUAUGAACACAUGGCCACGGUGGGUCGCGGCUCAUCCCUGCAGGUGGAGCACGAGAUCCUGUUCCCCGGCUGUGUGCUCAGGUGGCAGUUCGCCUCGGAAGGGUCCGAUAUCGGCUUCGGGGUUUUCCUGAAGACCAAGAUGGGGGAGCGGCAGCGGGCCGGGGAGAUGACGGAGGUGCUGCCCAGUCAGCGCUACAAUGCCCACAUGGUGCCCGAGGACGGGAGCCUCACCUGCGCGGAGGCUGGCGUGUAUGUUCUGCGCUUCGACAACACCUACAGCCUGAUGUUUCCCAAGAAGGUCAGCUACACGGUGGAGGUGCUGCUCCCGGACAAGGCCUCUGCAGAGAAGCUCCACGAGGGGGGGGGCCCGGCCCCAUGAGGGCCC